GUCGUAGCGACGAUCCGCUCGAACUCGAUCGCCGCGUGGUCGCACGCUCGCGAUCUUAUUUUCCAUUGACAGGUGCGUUUAGUGAUGCGCGUAGUGUGUUUCUUCUAGGCUAAAUCCUAUUCUUCAAGCUUCCCGUGGUAUCGCGGCGGAUUUCAUCGAUCGGUCGUUCGUGUAUCGCGAUCUCUAUCGACCGCCAGUGACCUCAAGAAACUUUGGAGAUCAUCGGUCUUGGAAAUAAUCGAAACUCCCAUCGUACAUUUGCCAUCGAUCUUACCCUGAGGAUCCGGUCGCCGCCCCGCGCGGUCUAAGCCGACAGUGCGUCAACCCGCAGUGUGACCGUGUAACUGGCGUGUAAACACUUCGUUAAGGGGUGGUAAAAGUGUCGUAGGGUGCUAACGAGACGGCGCCCAGACGCGCGUCUACUGGCGUUCGUUCACGCGUCAACGAGCCUCCCCUCGGUGCAGAGCGCGAACACGGAGUGCCGGUGCCGCUCGGUGUCGUUCGUUCGGUUCGUUGGGGAUAUCGCGAAACGGAAGAGGCUCUUCAAGUCGGGGAGAUUCGAUUCUGCAGGAAAGUUACGGAGGAGGCGAACGGAUACGAGGAGGAAUAAGUGAAGGCGCAUUAGGGGAUCGGAGCGGACGGAAGGGAAGAGCAGCGGAAGAAAGGCGAAGCAACGAGAAAACGCUACGGGGAAACCGAAGCUGCGCCUCCGGCUAGAUAGGACCACCUCUAUAGAUCUAUAUGCACGGUAAAGUCGCGGCGAUAGAGGAGAGCCCCGGCCACUACGACGUGUAUCUGGGUCAUACACCCGUCCUCUCUAGUUGUAGCCGCUGUCGUUGUUCGUUUUCCAUAAUUUCGCGAGAUUAGUUGGCAAAAACCGCUGGGAAACGUCCGCAGACCGUGAGACCAAGUGCUCGCAGUCCGUAAUUAAAACGUACGUAAACAAAGGGGACUGUGAGCGUUGAGGAUCCAGAGUGUCGAUAUCCAUCCGCGAUGUUAUCCGCUAGAGGAGGAAAAAGAACGAAGAUUGUUCUGGAGUUCCGUUAAGCGAAACAUGCAAUUAUACCGAGUCCUUCCGCUUGUUAUCGAUGGAAACAUCGUAGUGUCCGGAUUAGUGAUGCGGUAGACUCGGACGAGUAUCGAUACUUAACGCGAGGAUCUCCGACGGAAGGGUGCAUCCGGCUCGUUUCCGCCAGUGCAGUUUUUUCAAGGAUUCCGAACUCAGCAGUUGACAAGCGAGGUCCUGUUCAUCGCUCCUUAAUGACGCUGACUCUCCACACCUUUACGCUCGGUGGAAUUAUCAUCAGCCCGGUUGCUAUCAAACAGGUCGCUAAAUUGUUUGCGUAGGUCGGUGACGCGUCGUCCGGCAACCCGAUACCAGUGACCGUAACGAGCUGUUACGUCGUUACACGCGGUGCCGAGACAGGAAACAAAAAAAAGAGGGCCGGGAAACAGCAGAGAGAGGCUGCUCUGUCUCUCCCCCGGGGACAAUCCCGGCCAAACAAGCACCACGCGAGAACUAUUAUCCGCGGAAGAGCAAUCGCCUCGGCCGCGAGGGCUGGUUUCUCUUUGGAGAACGGCCGCACACGCUGGAUAGAGUCCGGGGGUUGGUAAAUAAUGAACCGCCGCAGUCAUUUGUCAUGCUCACCGCGAGGCCAACGAAUGCUCGAAGUAGCCUGGAUCAAGUAAAUGGAAGAGUGCAACACGGUCAUUGUAACGGAAAGCUGGUAACGUUCUUCGGUGCUCGGUGCUCGGUGCGUCGUGAUUCAGCUGUCCCGUGGUCAGUCAAGAUUGCUCUCGAGGAAUCCUCGAGAUUAUACUCGCGGAUAGAUGGUUAGAGGAUAAAGAGGUCCAAACUGGCGCUUCGAUCUACGUGGAAAAAGCAAUCGAUGUCGCCGCGGUCAUUGAAAUGCGAUCAACGAUUGUGUCGCGGGACGGUCAGCCAGACCGGGCCGGUUGUCCGAGCAGGCUUUAUCGACGCGACAGAUAGCGGCGUAUGAAAGCGUGCUGCGUAGCUCCAUGAGAGUGAUUAUACCCGAGGAUCGCGGCAGAACGUUUAUCCCUUUUGUGUGGCCGUGCCGGUGUUGCAGCACGUGGUAGUUAGUGAAUCAUGAGACGACGCAACAACGGUUCGAGCAACGCCGGUUGUUGCUUCCAGUCGAGCAGGAGGGCGGGUCGCAACGGAUGCAACGACGCGGAGGGAAACGAACUGCCCGGAUGGUGCAUUUACGCGACGGUCGCCGUGGUCGCCGUCGGGUGCUACUUGAACGCGUUAGGCGGUGACUUCGUGCACGACGAUAUACCGGCGGUCGUCAGGAACAAAGACGUGCUCGCCCAGACACCCUGGACCAGCGUGUUCAAGGACGAUUUUUGGGGCACCCCGAUGCACGACAUCAACAGCCACAAGAGCUACAGACCGCUGACCACGUUGACAUUCCGGUUGAACUACCUGAUGUCAGGAUUAACACCAAGCUGGUAUCACGCGACGAAUAUUGCCUUGCACGCCAUUGCAUGCGUUUUGGUCACAAGAGUGAGCUUAGUUGUGGCAGCGCUGCGUCCUGGAUUCGCAGCCCUGACAGGACUGCUGUUUGCCGCUCAUCCUGUGCACACUGAAGCGGUGACUGGCAUCGUAGGACGCGCGGACGUGCUCGCCUGUAUUUUCUUCCUGUUGUCCUUUCUUGCUUAUCAUGGGCAACAGACGACUUACGUGUGGAGCAGCGUGUGCCUCGGGGCGCUGUCGAUGUUAGCCAAGGAAACCGGCAUUACUGUUUUGCCUCUAAACCUUCUUUACGACCUCUGUCGCUCCUGGCAUUCAAUCAAGAGAUCUAUUUUCGAGGCCAGAUGGAACGACGACUCCAGACAUUUUUCCCGACGUGCUGCGGCUCUGUUAGUCUCGUUCGGGGUGCUGUUAGUUGUACGACUCGCCCUCCUUCACGGCGCUUUACCGAAGUUCUCGCCGCAGGAUAAUCCGGCAGCUUUUCAUCCCUGUUUCCACGUCAGGUUAUUGACGUUCUGUUAUCUGGCCGCGCUGAACUGCUGGCUGCUGCUCUGUCCGGCGACUCUCUCGCACGACUGGCAAAUGGGAUCCGUUCCUUUGGUCGCUUCGUUGGCCGACACCAGGAACAUGGCCACCUGCCUGUUUUUCGGCGGUUGCCUCAUCCUCACGUACAAAGCCUUCACGGACUUCGAGCAACAGAGGCACCCGCCCCUUCUUCUUGGUUGGAUGUUCCUGGUACUGCCGUUCCUGCCCGCAUCCAACCUUUUUAUUACCGUUGGAUUUGUCGUUGCGGAACGAGUACUGUACAUGCCUAGUGUCGGAUGGAUCCUUCUCGUUGUAUACGGGAUGCAAAUUACCUGGACGGCCGUUUCACGUAGAAGGAGCUUAAUAGCAGCGGGAAUAACGCUUCUUCUGAUCUUAGGGUGUUACAAAACUGUCCUUCGAAACAGAGACUGGACAUCUAGAGAAACGUUGCUCAGAGCGGGCUUGCGGUCUCUUCCCCACAACGCCAAGAUGCAUUACAACUUCGCUAACUUCCUCAGAGACAUGUCGCAACCGAACCAUGCGAUUCUGCAUUACCAGCUGGCCCUUUGGCUAUGGCCAACGUACGCCAGUGCGCAUAACAACCUAGGUACACUCACGAUGGGCGACCAAGCGGAGCAACACUUUUUGGCAGCGAUAAACGCUCAACCGGGACACGUGAAUGCUCAUUAUAACCUCGGUCAACUUUACAGAAAAACGAACAGAACAGAAGAGUGCAUACGAAUGUUACAAAAGUGUGUGUCGCUGGAUCCGGCGUACACACCGGCGUAUCUAGUUCUGGCGAGACUGGCGACUGGACCAACGGCCGGUGUUCUUCUCAGACACGUUGUCCGGUUGCAACCCCAAAGUCCGGACCAUCUCGCGGAAUAUGCUUCCUGGUUGUACCAAAACGGCAAAUGGUUACCCUCUCUGAAGUACUAUCUAAAAGCCAUGGAAUUGUCGCCCUCGCACAGAUCGUCGCUCCUGGGAACGGUCAGGAUCCUGAGGUCGCGAGGUCAGUGGUCAAGAGUGCAGCAGCUCAUCACCAGAUGGCACCUGAUGCUACGAGCGAAACGGGGUGGACUCAUAUAUCGCGGCGAUCUUUAUAUACGCGCGUGGCAGCUACAGAGCGAAUCGCGUCGUCAAGCACACCAGCAUCAAGCAAAUCUUUGUCUGUCGGAGGGCGGUUGUUCGACACCGCGUGUCGCCAGUGUGUCGGUGCAGCUCGAGCAGGACAGCAACAAGUCGGAACAGCUGGAGCGGGCUCCCCGUUGUAGCGUACGUACCUGUAGACAGUCGAGAAAGGGAAAAGCACGCAUGACGGCACCGGCCCUCCUAGUUCAGAACCUUUUGGAGACGCUCUAGCUCCCUCGUACCUUCAUCUGAACUCCCCGAUCCCCUCGGCCAGUUUCACGCGCGUCGGCUUAACGAGACAGCCAACGGGAUAACGAGCUUCGGUGGACUCGAAACUCUCGCGAAAAAUUCCUCUCCGCGCCCCCUGCCAAGGGAAGGGGUCGCAAGUGCUGUAUCCGUCUCGGGCCCUCGAGAUUUCCGUGCUUACCCGUGUGACACGUGCUACUCUUUAGUGAACGAUGCACGUAACGCGAGGAAAAUGACGGAGAGACGCGCGAUUCGGCAUUGAAUCCCGAUGUUAGGUGUCUACGGAGCAUCCCGGCUGUGUUACGGAGAAGCUAAACGUUUGCACCGAAGUGGACCAAACGCUUCGAGCAGUCUCGUGCGAGAUACACAGGAUCGAGGGAAAACUGCGAGCGAAUGGAGCGUCGCUCGAAUACGACGGUAAUCCUUGCGCGAGCCCACGAGAGGCGAACGCCCGACGCUGGUAAUAUAGUUACUAUCCGUAGUGUCGAGAUGUUUCUAUAAAUAUUCGCUGUACUUCGAGUGUGCUUUCAACGUUUCCCGAGGAACAGUGCACGUACCAAUGACACCGUUCGUUCUUUCGAAGUAUUCCCUCAGUGCACGUUGCACAGACAACACUGAACAAGUAACGAAGAUCACGCGAUUGUCGACAUUAACAUUGCAUGUGUUUCCUUCGGUACAAAUUUGCUCGAGUAGGUCCUUCAAAGCCUAAGAGAGCAACGCUCGAUUUGUAUUUAAGUAACGCGUAACGGGGGAAUACUUUGAUAUCCGAGGAAUAUCGUCGUUCAACGGCGAGCGUGAUUUAUAUAGAAAGAAGGAUCGAAGGAAAAUGGUACUUUAAUCAGUCCAACCGGAACGCGUACGAAAAAUAGCGAGGAAUGCGCGGUUCAUGAUAGUGUUACGGGCGGGCUUUCCGGUGCAGUUUCCUUGCGACGAAGCGUCGUUCCGGAGAAUAUUUUUCUUUCAUCUUCGUUCCUAGAAGACAGAGGCGCGCCUUCGUGGCGAGUUACGCGAAUUACGGAGCUGUAACUCAUCGAGAACUCAUGUAAAUACUAAAUUUUGUCCUUUGGUCGGUCCGCGGGUUAACGAUUGAACGGUGAUCGAUGCCUUUUGAUGAUUCGUGUUGUUGGCAGAUUGAGGUCCUCUGCGGCUAUCGACGAUAGCCUGGAAUUAGUGGUCUAAUGAGAGCGGGAACCAUUGAGAGGCAGUGACCGCUGCGCGCUGAAACGAGCAUCGAACCGCUCUCGAAUUUAUUUUUCAUAUUAUGACGAGCGGAACGACGAUGCUUGGCGGCUGAUUAACCGGUCAUCGUCGAUCGUUCCUCUUCAGAUCGAUUCCUCGCGUGUCUGUCCCUGAUACGGCGGACACGUUGCUAUUCUCUCUCUCUCCGCACGUAUCUACACGGUGCCAAUCUUAGCGUAAUGAACGUAACGCCGAUCUGGCCAUUCAGUAUGGCUUUUGUAAGAAACUCGACUAAGGGAAUGGUAAGAAGGUAUAAUAGGUAACGUCAUUCUUCGAUGAGCUUUGUUCGGCAACGUUUCCGGAGUCGGUCGAAGCACAAUUUAUAAGGUGCUAAAGGAGGUAGUUAAAGUUUGCAAUGAGGGGCAAUGUGGGCCUCCGUUUAAUGCGAAGAUAAUUUACUCUAUGUGGGUUAUACGAAGUACAUGGAUUACACAGUGUGCUGUGUAACUUGUGAUGUAACUGAAAAAGAAAUUAUUUCUAAGUGAAAAUAUACUAUUUUAUUCUGUCUUAUUUCAAUAUUUGUCUUCAUUUAAAUUUCAGUGAAUAUACUUUUAUAUUUCCUUCUUGAGUAUGUGUAUUAUUUUCUUUUUUUAGGUAAAUCAUGUUUUGUAGUUACUGGUUACCUAAAGCUUAUAUUAAUAAGAGAUGAGUAUCACAUUAUCAAAAAAGAAAAUUGUGAAAUGUAUCCAAAUAUUAAACUCAUAUAACGUGUUUCGCGAAUAGCUUUUUAUUACAUUGUACGGAUAUUGUUGUGAUUUAUAAUCUACGCUAUAAAUCUAGACAUCGUAUUGCUGAAUAUUUUUUCCAUUACUUUUGAAAAAUUCUAAUUUACCUUAUAACGAUGGUAUUGCAGUAUUCGUGCAUUGUAAGUAAAAAGUUCAUCGGUACAUUUUUGGGUCAUCUAGAAUUUUAUUGCAAUAUCAAAUCUAUACUACUACAACACAUGUAAAUAAUAGCAUGGCGAAAAAUAUUAUUACAUUGUUUUCCAACAACUUUAUUGAUAUAAUAUACAUUUGUAAACAAUUUAUAAUGGAAAAAUUAAAAUAACAGUUAUUGUUUCACCGAAUACUACAAUGCAAAACUUCUAAAUAGAAUUAUUUGGCUUCUGUAUAAAGUAUUAAUAUUAUUGCAUUUAGGAUAGAAUGAACUAGUAUUCGCUAGGCAAUGGCCGGGCGUUAAAUUCUGUUGGUAUUACGGAGUUGAAAUUGCUUCCAUUAUGUUUGGUAAUUUAGCUACUAAUUUAACAUGCUUCGAGGUAAUCGCUCUUAUAGCUGGAAAGCCUUUUACAACCAAUGUUCCGCAAUUAACGGAUAAUCGGUUUUAAUUUAUGCCUAUCAAAACCAACUGAAACACGAUGUGACAUUAAUCCUGGCAGAUAUAUGGAUCGAUGCACUAUCAAUUUCUUAUGUUCUCAAAUUAAAAAAUUCUUCGAUUUACCGAGGAAAUACAGUGCAAUACAUCACCAUCUUAGAUUAUCAACAUUCUAGAUACUUAUUAUUCGAAUCUUUUGUUUCCUGGAUGUUUGUUUCUAGCAACAGGAAAAUUCCAAUAUCCAGCGACACCAUUAAAAAAGAAGGUAAACAGGAAAUAUUACAAAAUUGCUUUAGGACAUUGUAUUCCUCAAUAAUAUAUUUAUAAAUAAUACCUGACAGAAACAAAUAAUUUUGAACAUGAACGUUUUGGAUAUGUAUGAAACAUUAUACAACAGUUUCCACGUGUUACAAACAUGGAAGCAAUAUUUUCCUCUGUAUCGUCAUUCCUAACUCAUACGCGCGUCCCAAAUUUAAUACUCUAAAUACUGGAUUUCUCUUUCUGUAGAUUCAAAGAACAAAUUUUCUUUCAAAAUGCUUCUUACAAAUGUUUUUUAUCGUUUAUUACUUUUGCUUUCCUUUUUAAGACACAACAUACAAUUUUAUUGAAAAAUUUCUCCUUAAAUAUUUUACAAUAUUACGGUAAUAGAAAAGAUAGUAAUUAUCCAUAAGGAGGUGCCACUCGCCGAUUUCAAUGAAGUGAAAGACAUUUCUAAUUAGUUUCUGUUACUUUAGCUUAGUACUGUUGUAUCUAUACAUAUACUAUACAUCGUAUCCCUAAAGUUUCACAUAUGUUUGUAUCAAUUGAGGAAUCUAUAGACAAAUCUAAAGACAAAAACAAUUGUAUAGGCAAAAUUUUGUUAAUAUGUCAAAAAGGAGAUUAAAAAAUUACGCAUUGUCAACAUAAUACCCUCGAUAACAUAUUCAAAAUUCAUUGAAAUUAGUGUCACCCAUUCUGUAUAAUUACCAAAGAAAUCAAAUUUCAUUACUAUAUUUCAAAGGACAGAAUACUGUAAGGAACUAAAUAUAAACAAAUUUUUCCAGAAAUAUUCGUUAAACAAGAAAUCCCGUACAUUCGAGUGCCAGUAAAGAUUUCAUCACCGAUACCAUUGGAAAGUUGAGAAACAAGUUUCCUUUAAAUAUAACUUCAAUCUGUCGCUAUUCCGUUUAGGUAUCUCUCUAUGCCUAGAUGCCUUGGUUCACACAAAUCUAAAACCUCUCGAUUGAACAAGAUCGAAAGCGAUGUAGAACAUUUCGUGGUCCCAUUUCAUUGGUUGUUUCACCAGAUGCACAGGCGUAGUGUCGUUUUCUCCUCGUAAAUCGUUGCUUAGAACGAACUCGAAACCGAAACGUUGCCAAAACUUUAUGGAAGACCAAUGUAUAUACCCUGUACACUAAAAACCGUUAAAACAUCGAAACAUUCGGCGAUGCUUAUUGAAAUUCUCUCUUACAAUUAACGUUCAAGUAAUAACGGUCUGCGUGCGUGUGUUUGUUGCGGGUACGUGGGUGUGUAAUACGUGUGCAUUUUUAUGUGUGUGUGUCACGGGCUUGAACGGAGUAUCUGGCGUCGGGUCAACGGGUCACGCGCUCGAAUCAGUCGUAUCCAAGAGCUUUCGAAAAUAGUCACACGUGGCCGCGGUAUCGAAGCGUCAAAUAAGAUUCCGGGAUGUGAAAUACAGGGACGUGGCGUGAAUUUAUUGGCAAGAUUUGCGUCGCUAUGUGUGUGCGCUCUCUCCUGCCGACCAUGCUGCCACCCUGUUUCUUACUUCGCCGAAAAUGUUUGAACCGUUGCAUGUUGGUAACGGUACAUAGGGGACUGCCAUUGGUCACCGGGAUAUUUGACUCACGGAACCUUUUCUAUGGGACGCUUUCGAAUGACGAUCCAGGAGGGACAGGAUUGCUGAAGAAGCAAGUGGUUGAAUGUUGAUGUAAUUCAGACGAAGAAUUUCUUUUAAGUGAUGGUGUGUAAAUACAUAUACCGAUCGUAUUUUCAUUAAAUAUGAGUAUAUAGGAUGUUGCGUGUUUGGUAAUUUGUAAAUGUCUCUGAUUACUUGUGUCGGAAUUCAGUAUAGAAAUCAAUCAAAAAAUAAUACGAAUGAUAUGUAUCUAUUAUAUAUUUUAUAAGGCAUUGAACACGUGGAAAUUAUAUAUAAAAAUGAAAAUAUUUUUUCAACGAAAUUAACUCUGAAAUUGAAAUAAAAAUAACUUUGUUUAUUAAUCCGCAAACUUAUGCAAGUGAUGUAUAUUUGAAAGUUAAUAAUUAGUUGAGAUUGUCAUAUUUAAAUAUUCAGAUUAUUAAUACUAGAUCAUUUUUAUUUAAUAAUUUUCCAAUAUCUACGUUAGAAUUCGUUUAUAAUUCGAUCAAAUUUAUUGUGCUGACAAGAGUAUAUUUUUUCGUACCACCCUACUAAAUGAGCAUGAUAUAAUUGUUCAAAUAUAAUAAUAACGCCAAAAUAAAUUAAUGUACUUAUAUAGGUAUUUAUGGAACACAGAUUUUUUUAUUACGUUUUACAGUUCGAUAGAUAUCGACAUCAUAAACGUUUUACUAUAAUUUGACUGUAGAAUUAUUAGCAGAGAAAUAAAUUUGUCCUCGAAUUUCUCAUUUGGAAAAUCAUGAUCAAAAGGCUUAGUACUUACGUAAUUGAGACUUACUUACUUAGUACUUACCUAGUAGCAUUUAUACAUCAUUUAUAAAUUUUCACACUUAGCAAUUAGGAACCAUCUAACACUUCUAAUUUAUCAUAAAUGAAUUAUGCAACACGCAAUGUCUGGUAAACUCAGGCAGAAAUGUUUACAAUCGCAAUAAAUUAUUAAUAUUAUCAUUUACAUAACAACUAAAUAUAAAAUUUCCAUUACCUGAAAGUGUAACGACUGAACUUAUGUUGGACUUGCCACGACAUUCCGUUCAAGACAGUGAGUUGCAACGAGGUCGAUGUAAUUAUGGAUCCAUCUAAUUCCUCGAGACGACGAUGUAAACGUUAUUUUAUUAUCGGUAACGGAUAGUAACAGAGAAUUAUACAUAUAGCUAUGCUUUACUACCUGAAACGGUACAGAAAUUGUUACAAUAAUUGCUCAGCGAAAUAAGGGGCGAGAUGACGAGGUUGUUCAUCGCUUACUG